UGAUUCUUAACUUGUAACUUUGGUGCUCUAGGUUCAGCACUUCAAGACAAACACUGAUGUGGAUUCCAGACUCCUUUUUUUCCAGUUUGCUGAGUGGAAGAAUUUCAACACUGAAAGAUGAAACUGGUGCUAUAUUUAUUGAUAGAGAUCCAGCAGCAUUUGCACCCAUUUUAAAUUUUCUUCGCACAAAGGAGCUAGACUUACGGGGAGUGAGUAUUAAUGUUCUCAGGCAUGAAGCUGAAUUUUAUGGAAUCACCCCUUUAGUAAGAAGGUUGCUUCUAUGUGAAGAACUGGAACGCUCAUCUUGUGGCAGCGUCCUCUUUCAUGGCUACCUGCCUCCUCCAGGCAUUCCAAAUCGCAAAAUAAAUAAUACUGCUGGGCAACCGGCGGAUGUUAGGACUGGUCAAAACUGCUCUGAGAAUGAGAUCCGUGGAGGUGGUGUCCAGCCUACCCUUACGGGUACUGGGGAAGGUACAGUCAGAUUAGGAUUUCCUGUGGACCCACGGAAAGUUCUGAUAGUAGCUGGCCACCACAAUUGGAUAGUAGCUGCAUAUGCCCAUUUUGCUGUUUGCUACAGGAUCAAAGAGUCGUCUGGGUGGCAGCAGGUGUUCACGAGCCCCUAUCUGGACUGGACAAUAGAGCGUGUGGCUCUCAAUGCUAAGGUGGUUGGAGGGCCUCAUGGAGACAAGGAUAAGAUGGUAGCAGUGGCCUCAGAGAGCAGCAUAAUCUUGUGGAGCAUUCAGGAUGGUGGUAGCGGCAGUGAAAUUGGAGUGUUCAGUCUCGGAGUCCCUGUAGAUGCCCUGUUCUUCAUUGGCAACCAGCUGGUGGCUACCAGCCAUACAGGGAAGGUGGGAGUGUGGAAUGCUGUGACUCAGCACUGGCAGGUUCAGGAUGUCGUCCCUAUCACAAGCUAUGAUACUGCCGGCUCUUUUCUGCUGCUGGGCUGUAACAAUGGCUCUAUCUAUUAUAUAGACAUGCAGAAGUUCCCGUUACGAAUGAAAGACAAUGAUCUUCUAGUGACAGAACUGUACCAUGAUCCCUCCAAUGAUGCUAUUACAGCACUCAGUGUCUACCUCACACCAAAAACAAGUGUAAGUGGUAAUUGGAUUGAGAUUGCCUAUGGCACAAGCUCUGGCGCAGUGAGGGUGAUUGUACAGCACCCUGAAACAGUUGGGUCUGGACCUCAGCUCUUUCAGACUUUCACCGUUCAUCGCAGUCCUGUUACGAAGAUCAUGCUCUCAGAGAAACAUCUGGUGUCAGUGUGUGCUGAUAACAACCAUGUACGGACAUGGACUGUAACUCGGUUCCGGGGCAUGAUCUCCACGCAGCCAGGCUCAACACCUCUUGCAUCAUUCAAAAUCUUGUCCCUGGAGGAAGCAGAGAGUCACGGCAGUUACAGUUCUGGAAAUGACAUCGGGCCCUUUGGUGAACGUGAUGAUCAACAGGUGUUUAUUCAAAAAGUUGUUCCCAUCACCAAUAAGCUUUUUGUAAGGCUGUCUUCAACUGGGAAAAGAAUCUGUGAGAUCCAGGCAGUUGACUGCACUACCAUAUCGUCAUUUACCGUGAGGGAAUGUGAAGGAUCCAGCAGAAUGGGCUCCAGGCCACGCCGCUACCUCUUCACUGGCCACGCAAAUGGCAGCAUCCAGAUGUGGGACCUGACCACAGCUAUGGACAUGGUUAAUAAAAGUGAAGACAAGGACAUUGGAGGUCCAACAGAAGAAGAGCUGCUGAAGUUGCUUGACCAGUGUGACUUGAGCACGUCUCGCUGUGCUACACCCAACAUCAGUCCUGCCACCUCGGUAGUUCAGCCAAACCGGCUGCGGGAAUCCAAUUCCAGCCUCCAACUGCAGCAUCAUGAAACAAUCCACGAAACGGCCACGUACGGCUCUGUGCGACCGUACAGAGAGAGCCCCUUGCUGGCAAGAGCCAGGCGCACGGAGAGCUUCCACAGUUACCGGGACUUCCAGGCCUUUAACUUGUCCAGCAAGAGCCCCGUAGAAAAGGCAGCGGCUGCAAAUGGCAACUCGAGCCAGACGGAGGCCAGGAAGGCACCAGCCGAGGGCAGUGCGGCUGACAGGAAGGCAGGGCUGACGACAGCGCUCGAGGUGCGAGGCCCGGGCAUGGCAGAUGCAGGUGGGUGUUGCAGUUCAGACGGGCACCGGCUGCCAGAGGGUUCUCUGGAGCUCAAAAGACGAGGGCCGGAAGAGGAGAGUGAAACUAAAGCAGAGAGCAAAAAGAAAAUGGGGUUCGAGGGAGCUGGGUUCCUGGGAAGGAAGAAGGUGCCUCUUCUGGCCUCUGCCCCACCAAUCCUUGCAGAAGGUGGCCCUGAAUUACCUGGCGCAGCUUCUCCCUCACCUACCAAGACGGCUGCUUCACCGCGCCACCGCAAGAAUGACUCAUCCUGCCAAGACUAUGGCUUGUGAAAAUGGGACUGGCUGCAAAGGUGCAGGUGCCCUCUGGCCAGGAGCAGACAUGACAUUGUGUGGUGUG